AUGGAUCUUACCGUUGAUUUGGCAAACAAGGGCGAUAUCGAUUUAGUGUAUCUCAUCUCUACUUCUUCUGACCCCGACACGUACAACCCUCUGUGUCCAAAAGGAAACCUGUCGCUAUUGUUUUCCGCCAGAAGGGAACGCUAUUCCCUGAUCAAGAACCUCAGAGGAGCUAUCGAGAGUCGCAUACCAGAUUCACCUCUCGAUGUGCAUAAAGCUAGGCCUUGUGAGCCCCCUCUCUGA